CCCACGUUUCCGUGCGCGCGAGUCUCUUGACUGGUUCCGCUUACGAAAGCAGCUGCGAAUCAAGUCAGUUCAGGUGUCUCAUUCAUUGAGGAGUCGCAAGGGAGACGGGAUGCACGCUCGCUAGUCGUUGACCGCUAUCGCAAUGUUCGAGACUCGCCAUGCCCAAUCUCGCUAUCGUCUGCGGCUACACCGCGCUCGAAGCCUCAUAUUAACGCCUGAAGAGCUCGUGGAGAUUCGUGCCGCACAGCGGACUUUCGAAGGCGCCUACAUUCGGACAAGUCUGGGACAGUUCAGCUUCGCCCUGGUGGUGUUGAAGAUCUUUACUAGCGAAUUCUACAGCAUCGGUGCUCUCUUCGCGGUGUACGGCGCCGGUGUGCUAGGAGUCAGUGCCUUUCGACGAAUGCAAGGAAAUCGCCAGUUCUUUAGUGAGGUUGGAGAGGAUGGCCUUAGCAGGAAGCGAUUUCGUACUAGUGGUAAUGUCGUGGUUGUGCUGACCAGCCUGAGCGUGGCCGCGUACAUUGCCUUGCUGGUCCUGACUUUGAGACUGGACGGAGUAUGAGUCCUUCGGGAGAAUCUGGACUCGGGAAUGUCCACUACGCGAAGGGCUGGUGUAAAAGAGACCCAAUCAGUCAAAGCUACGCAAAUGGUCUGCCCGUGCCGGUGUCCAAACGAGAUGAGAUCUAUCUCCAUGAGUAGAU